AUGGAAAUUUCUAGUUUGGCAAGACUUUGUCUUGAGUCUGUUGCAGCUAAUAUGGCAACGUGGUGUCAUAGUGUUUUGAAAGAGGAUUUUUAUAAGUAUUUAUAUGUCAUUGGACCUUUCAAUGACUUGAGUAAGUUAUCUUGAGUAAAUAUGGAAAUUAUAAGUAGUAACCAAUAAUGGUAAGAUUAUUGGGUCCAAUUUUCCAUGAAAGAUUUCAUGUUUAUGUCUUCUAUUUAUGGCAUCACAAAUUGUAACAUUGUUUCUGUUAUCAUGUAGAUUCAACACUAAUUCAAGAACUUCUGAAUAUAUCUUAUGACAAGCAGUUGCUGAAGGCCUCAUAUUUCCCCUUACUCUUUCACGAGAACUUUACAAAAUUAGACCUCAGCAGAUGUCAUUCCAUGAUCACUGACCAGGUUCUGAAGCAUGUAGGGCUUCGUUGUAAGGUACAGUAAUUCUAGCUAAUUAAGGGAACAUUUUGAUGCAACUCUCUAUAAAAGUUUUAUUUGUUUAAAAUGUGCAAUUCUAAUAGUCAAAAAUCUCACUUUUACGUGCAUUUCUUUUUAUGAAAUGCACUUGAAACAAUGCUACUACAUUGCCUAUACUAAUAACAUGCUAAUUUCCUGCAGUGAGUAUAUAUAUUAAUUUAGAAGUUUGAAAGAAGUGGCUUUUUAUGUAAAUAUUAGGUAGCAGUAAGGGGUCACGUCCAUAUUCAUAUUGCCACGCAUAACGUCGAAUCGACGUUAUGAGUGGGUGGGUAGGUUUAUCUCAAUUCUCUCGACGUUAUCUCGAUAAUUUUGUGGCAAAAUGACAAUUUUGUGAAAGUUUUGAAGAAUGUGACUGCCACGCUCGACGUUAUUUAGGGUGGGUGGGUUUGAGUGUUAACGUCGAUUCGACGUUAUGCGUGACAACAUGAAUAUGGACGUGACCCCUAAAGCAUGAGCAGUCAAUGACUGUAUGGAAUUUAGAAGCACACGCCAAAGGCAAGUGGAUGUAUGGUUGUUCUUGUUUAUUGACUAUUGUAAAGAUAUCAGCUGACUUGUUAGCUGAAUGAAAAAUAUGUCUGAAUGAAACUGAGAAUAUAUUAUUUUGUUAUAUAGUUGGUGUCAAAGUUCAAUUUUUCUGUUUGCUGAUUGGUCAAAACCGUAUCACGUGCCGGCCCACAAAACGUCAUGUUCGGCAACCGAUCCGCAAUUAAACAUUUAUUGACCGGUCAAUAAUAAAAUGGGUGCAAUACGCAUGCAUGUUAAUGCAGUUCCAAAGUUCAUUUUUAAACUUUUUACUAAACAUUUACGGCGUUCCAUUUAUCCAGUUUUGGUUUCAAAUUAAGUUCACUCCAAUAACCGGUUAAAUUAUUUAUACUUUGACACUUAUAUACUAUAUAACAAAAGGCGGUCUCGGGUCCACAAAACACACUGUUUUCCUUGGUCUCAGUAAAUAAGUGAUAAAUGUUAAUCGAUUAAGAUGCAAUCUGUAUAUGCACUGAUUUACAGACAUUGAUUAAAUAUUCCUGAUUUCUAAUUUUAAAUUUCAAUGAAUUAUUAGUAAGUUUGCAUAGUCAGUUUAGUUAGAUUGGCUGCUUCUCAGCUAAACAUCCGUAAACAUAUAACUGAAAUAUUUUCAUGUUUGACCAUCAGAGGCUGACACACCUAAACCUAAACGGCUGCUCCCGGUUGUCGAAUUCUUGCUUUAAUGAAACCUUACCAACUUUACAAUCCCUAAGAAGUUUGCAAUUAUCAAAUUGCCGAGGCUGCUCGGAUCAGUUGUUGCACAACCUUGGGAAACAUUGUCGUAACCUACAAGAAUUGGUUGUUAACUUGUGUCCAAAGGUUACAGAUGUUGGAAUCAAGGCCCUUUUUACACAAGAUAACCCUGAUGAAGUUGGUUGCUUUGAUAUUAUACAUUUGGACGUAUCUGCAACUUCUGUUACAACAAAAAGUUUGGAGAUAAUACUUUUAGGACUUCCAAAACUUAGAAAAUUUUGCUUUUCUGAUCUCUCUGGAGAAAAUCAUCUUGGAUUGGUUGGCAUGCCUUCAUUGAACAUUGAACAUUUGGAUCUUUUUGGUACCUUCCUCAUAGAUUCAGAUCUAAAACUCCUUAUUGAGAAUUGUCCAAAGCUCGUUGUACUAAGGCUGAACUUGAGUAUAAUUUUGAGUAAGAUAGUGGCAAAUCAGUUGCCUGUUUUAACACAUUUAAAAUCGCUUGACCUCGGUGGGGCGUCCGACGGAAUUCUCUUUGAAGAUGUUGAAAAAUUCCUCAAAAAACGAGGUGGUCAAUUGGAAUCUUUAAACCUCUCUGAAAUGCACAAUGUUCGUAUAUCUGUCUUAUGCAUGUACUGUAAAUCACUUAAGGAACUGAUCUUGGCACACUGUGAAAAUGUGGAUCCAAUGCUUCCGGCGUUAGAUGAUUUAACCAAAGAACAGAGGGAUAAUUUACCACACUGUGGCAGCCGCCUUAGUGAUUUUUGUCCUCAACUAUUUUGUAUCAAUCUUAAUUUUACCACGUUUCGUGAUGAUCGCCACCAACCAGAGUUACACCCAAUUUCGGCAUCUGGUAUUCUCAGCGACCAUCCCAACCUCGCGAGACUUUCAUUGAAGGACGUGGACAUUAAUGAUGAAAUUUUAGAGCAAGUUUGUAAAAGUUCAUCGAGUUUGGCUUUGAGAACUCUUGACUUGACAAACUGUAAUGCUAUAACAGUAGAGUCUGUUGGCAGUAUCGUUGAAAAUUGUCGCAACUUACGCUUGCUAGAUUUAUCUCAUUGCAAGCAGGUUGAUUUAGCCUCUGUUUCACAGAUAAAGAAGAAUUUGAAGAGAACUCGUCGUAAUCUACUUCAAAUCGUUUGGGUUUAA